GGCGUCAUUUCCGGUAAGUCAGAUGCCGAAGGUCUCUCUGGCAGAAAUAACCAGCUGAUUCCGCCUGCAAACAACACUCCCUUCCCCCAUGCAGCUCAGCUAUGAGCAGGAGAGGGGGUGUCUUUACAGGAAAUGCAGAGCUGAACCACAAGAGUUUGUCAAGGGACUGAGGAGGGCUCAGCCCUGCCAGGAGCCAUCUGUGCCUCGCAGGGAUGGCGGGCAAGUACCAGAGUGAGGCAGGAGUGCCAAGAGAAAUGGAAGAGGAACAGGCUGAGUUUCCUUCACAUGUCCAGGAGUUACUGAAAUGCUUCUUGGGGAACCAUGUGUAUCCCGAGCAAAAGGAACACCAGAGAAGAAAGCAGGAGUGCCAGCUGGUGCAAGCUCUGGUCAGCAGGAUCAUGGCUUCAGUGUGUAAGUGCAAGGUGGAGCUGUUCACGGGGGAAGCCAUCCUAGUGGGCAGCCAAGCCCAGGACCUCCACGUCCAGACAGAGUCCAGCAGCAGCGACUACGACUUCCUGGUCCCCAUCCAUUACAACAUGAACCUGAUCCUUAUGGGCAGCCUGUACAGCAAGCUGUACACCCCAAAAGGUCUUCUGCCUGUCUGGGACAGCCUGAAGCCCGAGGUGCCGGUGUACCGCUGGGGGAACAAGGUGGUGGUGGAUUAUAACAAGCUGAUAAUGAGAGAUCUCUUGGAGAGGAAGACUGUAGACACGGACCUCACAGAGGAAGACAUAAAAACAAUAAAUAAGCAGCAGCAACAGAUUUGGAAGAAUGGCAUUGAUCCAUUUCAUGUAAUGAAAACAUUGUGGGACUGUGUCCAGGAAGCUCUGACUAAAGAGAGAAGCCUUGCUACAGGAAUUAGAAACAUUAAACUGGAGAACACUGUGGGUAUUACACCAGUUAGUCCAGCUGUGCAGCUCAGUGCAGAGGUGAAUGGCCGACCUGUGUCUAUAGACCUGGUGCCCACCAUCCGGAAUAAAGUGGACAUGUCCAUGGAUUGGCCGCAGCAGGAUCUCAGGUGGCUUUCCAACUGGUGGGACCGGGAGCAGGGCGCUGAGCAGAGAAAACCCACCUGGAAUAUCAUGGAAAUUUACAAAACUGGGACCGAUCUGGUGGCCAAGAAUUCAUACUGGAGGCUGACCUUCUCCCUGGCUGAGACCCAGCUCCUCAAGGACAUUGACACCGAUGGUGGGUGCAGGCUGAAGGUGUUGCGGAUGCUGAAGCAAAUCAAUAUGGAAAAGUGGGUACCGCGCUACGGCAAAGUCCUGACCUCCUACCACCUGAAGAUGGUUCUUUUUUGGGCUUCCCACCUCAACCCAGAGACAGAGAACUGGGCCAUGGAGCUGGAUGCUCUGGGGACCCUGCUGAAGGUGCUGGAGUUCAGCCUGGAGAAGAAACAGCUGCCCAGCUACUUCCUGCCUUCGAUGAAUUUCUUCGACUGGCACCGGAGUGAGGAAGAGAAUUCCCUGAAAAACCGGGUGCUGGAGGUGCUCAGACUGGAGGUGAGGCUGAUGAGAUGCAGCCCAGAACAGUACCUCCAGCUGAGCUGCGACCUGGCCAAGCCCCAAGGCCCGGGACCCUUCAUCCAACGGGCGCGGGAGCUGGAUGAGUUUAGAAGGAAGCAUCAGAAAGACUUUGAAGAGUUCAAAAACCUGAAGAUAUCUUCUGACAGAAGCAUCAACAGGGAGUUGUGAGCAACCUCUGCUCCCAACGUAGAUAUUUGGGCUUCUGUCUGAACUGACAUACCCCAAUGGAUCUGAAAUUGCUCUGGAUUUACACUCGGGGAACGGAUACUUUACUUCAAAACCUUGAGAUAUGGAACAAUAAAUAGUGUCAGGUUCUUUUCAUAGGUCUUCUGGGUUUUGUGAGAGUAGGGCUCACAUGGGGUGACUCUGGCAUGACCCCAGCAUAACUGAGAUCAGAAUCCAGCCCUGAUCUCAUUGCAAUCAGGGGUGACUCCAGAUUGACCCUGGGGGGCUGAGAUCAGAAUCUGGCCUUGCCUUCAUUGCAGGCAGGUGGUGACUCCAGAUAGACCUGGGGGAGCUGAGAUCGGACCCCACUGCAGUCCGUGGAUAUAAGAAGAUCCAAUGGCUGGAAGUUGAAGCUGGACAGGUUUAGACUUGAAAUAAAGUGCAAAUUGUUAACAAGUGAUGGUAAUUAACUAUUGGAACAACUUAGAGAGUCAUAGAUUCUAAGGCCAGAAAGCUUCAUUGUGAUCAUGUAUUCUGACCUCCUGUAUAACAUGGGCCAAAAUAAUUCCUGGAGCAGAUCUUUUAGAAAAACAUUCAGUCUUGAUUUUAAAAUUGUCAGUGGGGGAGAAUGACCCGUGGUAAAUUGUUCCGAUGGCUAAUUAGCCUCACCAUUAAAAAUCAAUGCCUUAGUCCCUGUGUGAAUUUGUCUUGCUUCAACUUCCACCCUUUGGCUCAUGUUAGACCUUUCUCGGCUACACUGAAGAGCUGAUUAUUAAAUAUUUUUUUCCAUGUAGCUACUUAUAGACUGGGAUCAAGUCACCCCUUAACCUUCUCCUUGUGAAGCUAAAUAGACUGAUCUCUUUGAGUCUGUCACUCUACGGAUUUUCUAUUUCUUUAAUCAUUCUCGUGGCUCUUCUCUGAACCCUCUCCAAUUUAUCAAUAUCCUUUUUGAAUGGUGGGCACCAGAACUGGGCACAGGAUUCCAGCAGCGAUCACUCCAGGGCCAAAUAGAGAGAUAAAAUGACCUCUCUGCUCCUACAUGAGAUUCCCUUGUUUAUGCCCAGAUUCCCAGGAUCUUUUGGCCACCGUGUUGCUCUGGGAGCUCCUGUUCAGCUGAUUGUCAACCACAACUCCCAAAUUUAUUAAGUCACUGCUUCCCAGGAUAGAGUGCCCCAGCCUGUAAGUAUGGCCUGCAUUCUUUGUUCCCAGAGACAUGCAUUACAUUUCGCUGUAUUAAAAUGCAGGGUUGGCUUAAGUCCAGUUUACCAAGUGAUCUAGAUCACUCUGAAUCAGUGCCCUGUCCUCCUCAUUGUUUUCCACUCCCCUAAUUUUUUGUGUCAUCUGCAAACUUGAUCAGUGAUGAUUUUAUGUUUUCUUCUAGGUCAUUUAUAAAGAUGUUAAAUAGCAUAGGGCUAAGAACCGUCCCUGCGGGACCCCACUGGAAACGAUUCGUUUGAUGACGAUUCCCCAUUUGCAGUUACAUUUUCAGACCGAUUAGUUAGCUAGUUUUUAAUCCAUUUAAUGUGUUCCAUGAUGAUUUUAUAUCGUUCCACUUUUGUCAUCAAAAUGUUGCCCGGUACCAAGUCAAACGCCUUACAGAAGCCAGACUAUUACAUUUAUCAGUCAAUUUGUAAUCUCAUCAAAAAAAGAUAUCAGACUAGUUUGACAGGGUCUUUCUUCCAUAAACCCAUGUUGCUUUGCAUUAAUUA